AUGCGAGCGUACAACAGGGAAAUUGAUAGGCUACAGGUCUCUGCGUGCAGUGAGUGCCAGCGCACCAAUAUUCAUCGGCUGAGGACCCAGAGCUAUGCCCUGUCGAGGAUCGUGGCAAAGACAGGGGGAAUGGGGCUAGCCAAAGCGCGAGAAGUGUACACAAACUGCAUCCGGUCGGCGCUGGCCUCUGGCGCAUCAUCGUUUCACAUCCCCACGGAUGUGGGAGGCGAGCCUGCAAAGAAAGGCAUCACUAAGGCCCUCGGGAAGGCCCAGAAUAAGAGCUUGCGGAUUGUGGCGGGAGCCUUUAAGUCUACCCCCAUCCGUAACCUCGAGACAGAGACAUGGGUACCACCAUUGGACUUGUACCUAAACAAACGGCUUGCAGAUUUCGAAAACCGACUCCAACGACCCGAUCUGGACGACGGUCGAGGCGGCAAGAAGACGGCGGCGAGCGUUGUCCUCACCGCCUGCCGCAAGAUACAGCAGAGACUUAGCUCGAGGCGGGGCAACAGGGGCCGACCGCGAACCUUGGGACCUCAAGGGCCUACGGCGGUGGAGAGAGCCGCGGGCACGGUCAUGCGCUGGACGGGGGGAACCGUUGAUACGAACAGGGUAGUAGAAGAGGCUUGGAAAGCGAGGUGGUUAAAGGAACGGGACGGCAGGGCAAUCACCAGGCCGGCGGACGACUUUGACCAUCAGCAGGAGACGCUAUUCCGGAACGAAACCCUAAGGAGGCACGACGGUCUCAGCAAGGCGAAAAGCUCACUGCUGAUUCAAAUCCGGACGGGAGCAAUAGGCUUACGGGACUUCUUAUUUACACGGGGAGUCCCGGAGGUUCUGACUCCUGCCUGCGAGUGUGGCGAGGGACGAGAGACUGCCGAACACCUGGUAGUGCGGUGUUUGGCCCCACCGUUGACUAGAAGAUGGGAGAGAACUGGAAUUCGGACACGACGGGACUUUUACUCUGUUCUACACGGCAUCAAUCCCACGACUACACGGCUCGCGAGGAGAGUUCUCGACUGGCUGAUGGACUCGGGGAAGCUGCCGAUGUACAACUUAGCCAGGAGGCUCGAGCGCCCCCGUUCGGAGGCCAGGAGGCCUCCUCUCUUUGUAUAUGUAGGCUCACUAAAACGCAUCGCUCCUUGA